AUGGGGUCGCACACGCUCACGGCGCCCGUGCGCGUCUUCUCGUGGACCGCGCGUCUCCUGGAGCUCGUCUUCCUCGCGCUGCUCAUCACGUUCAUCGCGUACCUCUCAAAGGACCAGACCGCCGCGCCGCUCGCCGUGUACGGCGGGCUGUCCGCGUGCUUCAACUGCGACAACGGGUGGAACUGGCACGUGCUGCUCAUGGGUAUCGCGUUUGGCAUCGCCAUGACUGAAUCCCUCCUCACCUUCUGCUCCGCCUCCCUCAGGGCGACGGGGUAUGCCAAGUGGGUGCACCUGGCGUGGCAGACGAUCGCACUCAUUCUGACGGCAGUUGCCAUGGCGGCUAUUAUUGUCGCCAAGGGGACGGAGCACAAGCACAUGUACUCUGUGCACACCUACUGUGGCGUGCUCACGCUCGCACUCUUUGCUGUCCAGUUCUUUUGGGGGCUAUGUGCGCCCGUGCUGUUCAAGAGCUGCGUGUUCGAUGAUUUGCAGUGUGUUUUGAAGAAUUCUGAAAAGCACCCUGCUGUGUGCCAUUCUGUUUGCAUGCCUGCUGCCCUCUUCCUCCCCCGCGCUGCAGCUCUUCCUCCCCCGCGCUGCAGUUCUCUAGGGCCUUUGCGCGUUCGUGCUCUUCAAAAGCCGCGUGUCCGAAGCAAGCUCCGAGACCUCAAAACUCCAUUCUGCGUGCCUGCCUGCUGCCCUCUCCCCUCCCCUCUCCCCGCACUGCAGUUCUUCUGGGCCCUGUGUGCGUCCGUGCUCUUCAAAAGCUGCCUGUCCGAAUCGAGUGUUGAGACAGUCUCAAAACUCUCAAAACUGCAUGCUGUGUGCUCUGCUCCUGCCCUCUCCUCUCCCUGCAUUACACUGCAGUUCUUCUGGGGCCUGUGUGCGUUUGUGCUCUUCAAGAGCCGCCUGUCGGAAGCCACACGGUACCAGAUGGGCACGUACCACAUCCUGCUCGGCAAGUUCACCUACUAUGCCGGCAUCGGCACCUGCGUGGUGAGUGUUGCAGCAGUCACCGAGAUGGUCGCUGCGCUGUUGGUGCUCGCGCUGACGGGGCACGGCCAGGAUCAAGGCCAAGCGACCAAACUAGCGCGACUCGAACAUCCCGACCCACCUACACCAGCCCAUUUCCUCUCAGCUAAUGCGACAGCAAAGCCAAACCGCACGCUCGUUCCUCCCCAGACCGUCGCGACCGGAGCAGCAUCAUCUCUCCCCGCAGGGGUGCUGUCAGAUAGCGCCGUCCCCAGGCAGUACCUCGCCGGCGCGGCAGCGGUGGGCGGCAGUGGCAGCAGCGGCGACAGCGCUUCGGUGCAGGCGAUUUACGCGAAGCUGACGGGGCGGCAGGUGGUGCCGGCGCGCGGGGAUCCCAAGGCCUACGGCUUCCUGAACGCCACCAUCCACAGGGACUCCAACGGGCUGUUCCGGUUGGAAUACAAGGUGAUCAUCAUCGGGCUGUCGCGCGACGCGCCGCCGCGGAAGAUGAGCGCGCACCGCGGGAGGAAGGGCGAGGCGGGCGCGCACCAUGAUCGCCUCCUCGACCUGCCGUGCGGCACCGCGGGCCGCCGCGCUGGUCACCACGCCGCGGACAGCGCUUCCCUGACGGUGACCUGCGCGGGCGCGGUGGGGGGAAGCGCGGAGGAGCUGCGCGCCGAAGCGGGGCGGGGCGCGGGGGAACACGAGGCGGGGAAGGGUGACCGUUACGGUAACGGUACUGGUACUGGUAGUACUAGUAAUGAAGCUAAUACUGGUAGCUACUUCGCGUCGAGUGAACGAGACCAGCAGUCGCUUCGGGAAGCGGUGCGGGUGAUUUUGCAAGAGCCGGAGAGUUACUACGUGACGGUCAGUACCACGCAUUACGCUGGCGGCGCCAUUCGCGGGCAGCUUGGGAGGGUGUUCGGGCAGGAAGAGUAG